AUGAGAGCACAUUUUGAACAGUUUGGACCUGUUGAACAAUUAGAAAUGGUAGCCUUUCCUCGUGGUUAUGGUUUUCUUUCAUUUGAAACCCAAUCAGCAGUUGAUCGUUGUUUGGCAUUUGGGUUAGAACAAAUUGUUAAUGGACAUUCUGUGGAUAUUAAGUUGGCAACACCAGAUUCGCUAAAUAAUUUUGAAACUUUAAUUCAAACAAAUAAUCAACAACAACAAAAUGCAGCUACAAUGACUGAUGAUAAUUGUUUUGAUGAUGAUGAUGGUUGAUUUUUAAAAUUUUUGGCUCUUCUUUAAGGCAUACUUGCCAUGAGUUUUUUUUACGUCUCAAAAUUUAAAGGCGUCCCAUCAAUAUAAAAUGAUGGGACGCAUAUAAGCAAGGAAACAUAAUAAGUAGGCUUAGGGUUUUCGAAUCGAUUCUAUUAUCAAGUCAUUUUUCGGGCCUCAUUUUUUCGAGUCAUUGGUCGAACCGUGCCGUUCUAGUCUUUUUCAGGGUAGAAUUCGUUGCUCAAUUCGCUC